CUUGGUAUCUCCGGACUCCUUGCGUACGCGCAUCAACGUCGCCAUCUUGCCACAUGAACUCAUCACACAAUUGACGAGGUUGAAUCGACCUGCAAUCGGGUGCUUCAUACUCUAUGAAUUAGUCACUCUCAAGCGUAGUCAAAUUGGUUGUAUUUGGCGGAAAACCUACGCUUCAACGUCGUCAGAGCGUCGCGUUCGCUCUCUUCGGCCCUUCUUUGGCGGAUCACAUCCCGGCUCAUCAAAACAAGGCAACUAAUUGACCAUAGUAUCAUUUUCCAACCGAGAGAUACUAAGAGCUACAACCUUGGGCAGAUACGAGUCGAUUCAAUGGCGUUUCGCGCACUCACGCGCUGUCGCGCUCUGUCGAGUGGCACCGCUAGACGCGCACCAUCCCGACCGAUCGGUUCAGGAACCGACUCAUCGAAAGCCAAGUUCUUCAGAUCAGUUCACACGGCGCCACAAUCUAAGAAAAGUGGUCAACUCAUCCCUCUUCAACUCUUGGUUCUCGGUGCAAUCCCGCUCUUUGCGGGUUACCUCAUCGGCCGCUCCGGUGUCUCGGGCCCGGAAGCUGAGGGCCCGGGGAAGUUAUCGCAUGUGGAUUUCGCGAGCCGGAAGCAAAUGGUCAAGGCGGCCCAGGAGAUCUUCAAUGCUCUAGGUGAAGGCGCAGUCAGCUUCGACGAAGAUGAGAUUGAGCUCCAUGGACACUCUGACUGGUCUACUUCCAACUCGAGCGGUCGCGCCGUGGCUAUCGUCUAUCCGAGGACGACGGAAGAUGUCUCGCAGAUAGCCAAGAUUUGCAACAAAUACAAUGUGCCUAUGGUGCCUUUCGGCGCCGGCUCUUCCGUCGAGGGAAGUUUCUCAUCACCAUACAGCGGAAUCUGCAUCGACUUUGUGCACAUGGACAAGAUUAUUGCUUUCCACCCUGACGACAUGGACGUCGUCGUCCAACCAGGCGUAAACUGGGUAACCCUCAACAACGAAAUUCAACCCUCAGGCCUCUUCCUCCCGCUAGAUCCCUCGCCCACAGCCCUCAUCGGCGGCAUGGUCUCCACAAACUGUAGCGGCACAAACGCCUUCCGCUACGGCACGAUGAAGGACUGGGUCGUCAAUCUUACCGUCGUCCUCGCUGACGGGCGCAUCAUCAAGACGCGCCGGCGGCCGCGCAAGAACUCGGCGGGGUAUAACCUUACCAGCUUAUUCGUGGGCGCCGAGGGCACGUUGGGGAUCGUGACGGAGGCGACGGUGAAGCUUGCGGUCGCGCCGGCGGAUACGAGUGUAGCUGUGGUGUCGUUUGGGACGAUUGAGGAGGCGGCGAGAGCUGCGACGGGGCUGAUACGGAGCGGGGUGCCGCUUGGGGCGUUGGAGUUUUUGGAUGAGGUGCAGAUGAGGGUUAUCAAUCGGCAUGGGAGUGAGGCUGUUCGGAAGACUGCAUGGGAUGAGAGUCCAACAUUGUUUCUGAAGUUCUCGGGGACCACAGACGGCAUCAAGGGAGACGUUGCUAGGGUCAAGGAAAUCGUGCAUCCGUUCAAGCCGCGCAAGGUCUUCUUCGCCAGAGACAAGCAGGAAGAAGCCGAUCUAUGGGCCGCGAGAAAGGAAGCUCUCUGGACGAUGACGUCGAUCAAGCCCGAGGGGCACUCUCUCUGGUCGACAGAUGUGGCUGUGCCGAUUUCGAGGUUGGCCGAGAUCAUCACGUUAUCCAAAGAAGACUCUGGAAAGCUCGGUCUCUUUGCGAGCGUCAUUGGACACGUCGGAGACGGCAACUUUCACCAGGCGGUCAUGUAUGACCCCAAGAACGAAGAGCAGCGAGCUUCAGUUGCGAAGUGUGUUCAUGAUAUGAUGGGCAGAGCUUUGGAGAUGGAGGGCACCGUCUCAGGAGAACAUGCUAUCGGUAUCGGGAAGAAGGAUUGUCUUGUUGAUGAGCUCGGCGUUGAUGCUAUUGAUUUCAUGAGGACGUUGAAGCAGGCUGUGGAUCCGAAAUGGAUCAUGAACCCUGGCAAGGUAUUUGACCUUCCUAGCAAUUCGAAAGCCGUCGCUGCAUCAUGAUAUCUAUGCUAGCCCGUUUUUAUUUAGACACAUAGUAGUCCUGAACGAAUCAGAGUUAAGUUGUUGGUUGUCAAUCAGAAGAUCAAUUUGAACCCCCCUGUUUCUGGCACCAUAAAAACGAUGGGAUCACAACCCAACCUCCUCAUUACUAUUAACUAUUGAUCCUCAACCUCAUCCACUACAAUAUAGCUGCCAGCUUCACUAGGGCAAUCAGACUCGCUAGAUUCAACCAUAAUAACCUCUUUUUUAC